AUGGUGCAGGUGCCUGGCCAUGAGAACCGCGCGGCUGUGGCUGCAGCUGCAGAGAGGAUACAGAAGAUCCAGGAGGCCGAAAAUGGCGACCAGCAGACUCCGUUGCAGAAGAAAUACUUCUCCGCGGACAUGAUGUGCAGAUACGAAGCCAUGGCAGAGUCCAUGGCAAAGAUUGAAGCACAGGGUGAGGAUCCCGAUGUUCUGAAAGAUCUGGAACAGCAAUGGGAACGCUUUAGCGAUUUCAGCUGGGCCAGCCAGUGGGAUGGGAAGAAGUUCGACUUCGUCAUUUAUGGAGCCUCUGGCUACCAAGGUUAUCUCUUGAUGCAGUACCUCAGAAAAAACGUGCUGCCCUCAAACCCGGAGAUCACGUUCGCACUGGCCGGACGCUCUGCAACAAAGGUAGCAGAGAUGCGCGAUCGCGAGUUCAAGAACACCCCAUGGGAGGACGUCCCGGUGCUUGCUGCGAGCUAUGAUGAUGUGGUGUCGGUCAUCGAUUUGGUGAAGAGUGCCCAUGUGAUCAUCAACGUGGCAGGACCCUACAUGCUCGCAGAGGGCGAGGUCUUGGUGGAUGCCUGCAUUUGGUGCAAGGCACACUAUGUGGAUGUCAGCAUGGAGGUACCUUGGAGUCUCCGCGUGAAGGAACUGCACAGAUACGCCAUGGAGGCGCAAGUGGUGGUGGUUCCCUCGUGCUGCAGUAGUGCAUAUCCGGACUUGGGAGUCUAUGUGCUGGCGAAGAAGAUCAAGGAAAAUGAGGGGCAGGCCACCCGCUCGGCAGUUUGCUAUUGCAGAGGCGGCGGCCAGCCGGGCGAGUCCGGCGGGGCCCUGAAGACCCGCGCGGCGCUGAGCUCGGCGUCCUACGGAGCGGCUGGAGAGAAGGUUGCCAAUGCGAUGAUGGAUCCAUUCUCGCUGGGAGGUUUCAUUCCCCAGGUGGACCGCAAUGGAGUGAAACAGGUGGACAUCCAAAUGGGCACCGGUUUGGUGACACCCAAACCCCGAGCCGAAGACCAGGACAGUCAAAUGGCCAAAAUCUCGAAGGACGAAAAGCUGGGAGUUUGGAGGGCUCCCUACGUGAACGCCUUCUUUGACAGUCGCUUGGUGCGACGAUCCAACAUGCUGCAGGCUGACCUGGUGAACGAACCCUAUGGUCUGACGUUGAACUUCAUGGAGUUUGCCAUGCUGCCUCCAGAGAAAGAAAAGCAGGUCUUCGAACGAGAUGGUAAGGCCUUGGUGCCCUUCGGGCAGCACGGCAUGACCUUGGACGAGGAGAUGCAGAUGAUGAAGCUGAAGAACAAGGAGUACCGGACCGGCGAGGGUCCACCUGUGGAGGACCUGGAAGACGGCUGGGCUGGAUACUUUCUCUACGCCGAGUCGACGGACGGCCGCGAGGAAAGGUGCAGCUUCAUCACGGACGAUGGAUAUUUCGAAUCCGCACGUGUGGCAGUUGAAAUGGCUCUCACACUUCGAUUUGAUCGAGAAAGGCUGCAACAUCGGGGUGGUGUGCUGACUCCAAGCGUGGCAGGUGGUACAAACCUGCUGGAACGCCUCAUCAAAAGCGGUGUGAAGUUCAAGUCGGGAGGCUGGCACGAGGAAUCCGAUUGGUCGCCACCAAACCAGAAGUGA